GCUGCUUCCGGACCCGCGGCUGGGAAGGAGCCGGAAGUCCGGUGGGCUCCGGGUGUCGAGAUGGAGGAGGGAGAGUACGAGUCGGUUCUCUGUGUCAAGCCGGAGGUCCACGUCUACCGCAUCCCGCCGCGAGCCACCAACCGUGGUUACAGGGCCGCGGAGUGGCAGCUGGACCAGCCAUCAUGGAGUGGCCGGCUGCGGAUCACUGCAAAAGGGCAGGUGGCCUACAUCAAGCUGGAGGACAGGACCUCAGGGGAGCUCUUUGCUCAGGCCCCGGUGGAUCAGUUUCCCGGCACGGCUGUCGAGAGCGUAACGGAUUCCAGCAGGUACUUCGUUAUCCGCAUCGAAGAUGGAAACGGGCGCCGGGCAUUUAUUGGAAUUGGCUUCGGGGACCGAGGCGAUGCCUUUGACUUCAACGUUGCACUGCAGGACCACUUCAAGUGGGUGAAACAGCAGUGUGAAUUUGCAAAACAGGCCCAGAACCCAGACCAGGGCCCCAAGCUGGACCUAGGCUUCAAAGAAGGCCAGACCAUCAAGCUCAACAUCGCGGAGGGGCCACCGUAUCCUGGCCGCAACCCAGGCCUGCCACGACUGCCACCACCGACAUCUGGGGAGACUUUACCAAAUCCACAGGAUCGACUUCCGGCCAGACUCAACCAGGUACAGGCUGGGUCCAGUUCUGAUCUGAGUGUAGUCCCUCUUUUUCCUCAUACAAUUUCUGGAAAGAAGCCACGUCACCUGGGCCAAAAGGAAGGAGGACGAAGCACUCCCAGGCCCGCCUCUGUUUGGAGCAUGACUCUCUCCUCUCCUCCUCAGCUGACUUUGACAGACUGGCGUGUUAGGCAGUAAAUGGGCGCAGUGUCACACGGUUUCCUGGGAGUCAAGGAGGAAAGCCCAGCAUCCCUGUCCCUGUCCAUCUCUUGACACGAGAGACUCUGAGACUGCUGCUUCCAUCACGUGACCCAUAUUAAACAGAAGCCCCCAAAGCAAAAGAAGGGCUUGAGCGUGCUACCUGCCUCAGCUGGGCCCUUCUCAGUGGUUACAGAUGUCCCGUGAUCCCUGGCCAGAAGGAGGGUCUUCUGCACGCUUGUUGGCUGUAGCCACGUCACUCACGGUGCCUUCAGAGGGGGGAUUCCUUCCUGAUUUCUGGCAGGUUUAUAGGCUGCACCUCGAGCAGAUAAUCAGGAGGGAAAUCAAGAGUAUUAACCAGCUUUUAAAAAUUUUUUAUUUGCUUUGCUAGCGUGCUGAUCUGCACUAACUCAUCUUUGCAAAAGGGACUGCUCCUGCAAGAUGUCCCAGCAGGGACCUCGGAAAGCAUCCCGCCCUGUCCGCCGUAGGAGCUGCUCUGAGCUUCAGAAAGUGUUGUUCUUCUUGGCUAAGUGGCCUGGCUGCCGGGUCACCAUGUGGGCAGUGCGGGCUGAGGCAGGCGCCGGAAGCUGUUCAGGCAGGAAAGCCGGAACUAUUCUCAUGGCGGUGGGCAGUCCAGCCAUCCUGUCCACUGACAGCUCUCUGGGUUCAGGGGCCCCCAGCGCAGUUCCCAGGGGCCUUGGGUUUUCUCCUUGCUGUGGUUUCUGAAGUGCCUUGUCUGCAGACAGCCUCUUACUUUGUUUUCUCCUUCAGAGACUACACGACGGAAGGAGUUCCGAGUGAACUGGGAGACUAGGGCUGCCUGUUUUACUGGUUGAUGAGAAAUAAUUUUAUCUGAGCACACCUCGAAAUUUGCUUUUUAUCAACAUACUUUACCUCUUAAUUGAUCGAUUUUUUUGAAGGGUCAGGACAACUGAAAAAAAAAAAAAAGUGUUGGCCUUUUUGUGGGACCAGAUUCCGAAGAUAAAUAAAUAUUUUUACUUCUGUCCGUGUA